AUGGCCUCCCCCUCAACAAUAGACACUUUGACAAGCGCCUUAGUCGCCAGAUUCCUGCGCAAUCACCACUUUUCUGACACAUUAGAGGCUUUUGUCCGCGAGGCUGGCCUUCCCCUCGACGUGGGGCAGGGUGCAGACGGCAUCAAUGACUGGACCAUCCAAAGCUUGAUCGAAGAGAAGAAAACUUAUGAUCAAACUGCAAAAUUUGAGCGAUAUGGUCAAACCGAAAAGCAGUCAACUUUAUGGACUGAGCCAGCGCCAUCAAAAGCCGUUGUUGUCCAGAUGCCAACGUCUGCGAAUCCACUUGCCGUAUCAGUAGAGCAAUGGCAGAGCCCCUCUGAUGAUGAUACCCAAGAUCCUGCAGCGGGCUUCUAUAUUGUCUCGACGGGCUCAGACAAACAAGUCCACUUAUUGAACACUGAAGAGGGCAAUGAGAGUGCCACAUCCUUCCCUGGCGUCUCUGACUCUCCUGUUCUUUCACUUGUGUCCAUACUCCAGGGGCGAUACAUCCUCAUGACCAACAUGUCUGGCAAAUUGAUUCUCCUGUGUGGGCACCAAACAUUGGAUACCAGGAAAGAUCAUGCCAAAUACGCCGUCAAGGUAGCCGUCUACCAAGAUAGAAAGAAUUCAUCCAAAUGGUGGGUGGCAACUGCUGGCUGGGACCAGACUGUACUCCUGUAUUGUCUCAAUAUCCCCGAAAACAAUGCGACGACCUUGAGAAUUGGCCAGCCGGUUGCGCGCAUCAAGCUCAUCUCCAACCCAGAAUCGCUUCUAUUUGUGCCGCACAUUGAUACAAAUGAGCUCCUACUUCUGGUUUCACGUCGAGAUUCUACUUCUAUCCACUACUACCAGGUUGAGGUAGAUGGCGCCAAUACCGAUGCCGCUCGUGAGGGCGAACCUCGAGAAGCUCAACUUCUGGGCCAGCAAAAUCUAGCUCCCCAUUCUAACACAUGGGUUGCAUUCUCCCCAGCUCACAUGGCUCUCAGCCCCAAUGAUCCCGGCCUGCUAGCUGUGGCUACAUCAACACUGCCGCACCUGAAGGUGAUGAUCGUACGCCUACUGUUCCCCAAAGCGACAGCAGAUAAGCCCGACUCGACCUCCAUGGCAGACCAAAUGACACAAGCGUCUCAGGCAAUGGCGAAUUUGGCUAUCCAGAACCGCGAAGACGCUGCGAUUCUCGUGCAAGCAAAUACAUUUGCAUCACAGACUGCUUAUUCUACGCCACAGUUGGCGUGGCGGCCCGAUGGGUCUGGCGUAUGGGUAACUGGCGAUGAUGGGGUUGUUCGUGGCGUGGAAACCAAGACCGGGAAGGUCGUGGCUCUCUUGAAGGGCGGCCACGAGCCAGGGUGCAAGGUGCGGUCUGUCUGGUCUGGAUAUGUUGAUGUUCCCCAACAGGGCGGUCACAUAGUGCGCGAGGAGUGGGUAAUUAGCGGUGCAUUCGAUAAACGAGUGAUUGUUUGGAAGGUCUAG